UUCCUUCCGUUACAACCAUCCCAUCCUCCGCCCCCCCUGCCCACCUCUAGAUCUCCCCGCCUCGCUUCGCCACCACCCCAAACCCUAAGCCCGCUCGCCGCAGGAUCUCGAGCGGUGGCGCCCGCCGCGGCGAUGCGGAGCUCCAUAGCAACCUAUCGGGAGAGCCUCUCCCGGCUCGCCGGCGAGGUCGACGACGCCGCGGCCGACGAGGCCCCCGCGACGCCUUCUCCAGUGAGGGGCGGGGACCACGCGCUCACGCUGACGUCGUCGGGGAGGCGGAGACGGUACUCCCGCCCCGGCUCCGACCCCCCCGAGCCCGACGAGAUUUCUAAACUCAAGGAAGACAUUCAAAAGCUUCAAGCUUCGGAGGCUGAAAUAAAGGCAUUAUCUUUCAAUUAUGCUGCAAUAUUGAAGGAAAAAGAGGAACAACUUGGAAAACUUCGUGAAGAAAAUGGCUCACUUAAAAGAAGUUUGGAGAGCUUUAAGGCAGUUUCAGCCAAUUCUAAUGGCACAUUGGAAAGGUCACCUAGCAGAGUACAAAGGACUCAGGAAAAUUCAUUGAAUGUAUCCAAGCAGAAUGGAUAUGGUGGUGGUUCUUCCCACGGUAUCCAACCAAAUGGUCUGCAUUCGGUGACAGGGUAUCAUAAGGAAAAUGUAUUGGAGGAAGAGAGAGCAUCCUUUGCUACCAAGCAGGCUAGUCUGGAAAAUGAAAUCAAACAACUGAAACAGCAACUCAGCAAUAAUUCUGAGAAAGAAACUGAAAUAAAAAGGAGGCUAGAAGACAAAAACAAGCAGAAUGAAUUUCUUCAGCAGCAACUAAAUGAACUCAAGAUCAACAAAGAGAGGAUAUCAACUAGCAUGGAAGAGCUACAUAAGGAACUGAGUGAAGAGAAAUUAGAGUUGAGACGUGUGAAAGAUGAGUUGAGCAGACAGAACAAGGAGCACAUAUCGGACGGGUCUAUUCAGAGCCUAAGAAGUAUGGUGGUGGCUCUACAGAAGGAGAACUCUGACCUAAAGAUAGAGAAAGUCAGGCUUGAGGCAGAAUUUAAAAGUAUGAAGAAUACCUCGGAAAAAACUGUCGACAGUACAUCAGAUAUUAACAAUAUUUCCGACUUAGAAAAGGUUAAGGAAGAGAUGGCUUCAUUGAAUAGAGCAUUACAGGAUGCUUCCCGUGAGAGAGAUAAAGCGGUGCAGGAUUUGGCUCGGCUGAAGCAGCAUUUGUUAGAUAAGGACAUUGAAGACCAAGAAAAGAUGGAUGAAGAUAGUAAACUCAUUGAAGAAUUGCGGGUAAUCUGUGAGCAGCAAAGAGCUCAUAUAAUGCAGUUAGAGAGAGCUUUAAAGGUUGAGAUGGCAAAGCAGGAGGAGAGCAAAAAGAUCAUAAAUGAAGAACACCAGAGGUCAAAUGAACAGAUGGAAGAUUUGAAGUACAAGCUUUCAAGCUGUAUGAGUGCACUUGAAUCAAAAAACGUGGAGCUGCUUAAUCUUCAGACUGCCCUUGGACAGUACUAUGCUGAGAGCGAAGCCAAGGACCGGCUUGGAGGUGAUUUAGCUAUUGCUAGGGAAGAAUUGGCUAAACUGUCGGAGUCAUUGAAGGUGGCAAAUCAAACAAUUGAGAUUUCAAGAAGGGAGAAGGAAGAUAUAGCUACCAAGCUUUCACAAGCAGAGAGUAUGUUAGCAGAUGGGAAACGCUCAAUGCAGAAGCUUGAGGAUGACAAUUCAAGAUUGCGACGUGCGCUAGAACAAAGCAUGACAACAGUCAAUAGGAUGUCACUAGAUUCAGAUAACUCAGUUGACAGGCGGAUUGUGAUCAAACUUCUAGUCACUUACUUCCAACGGAAUCACAGCAAAGAGGUUUUGGACCUUAUGGUUCGCAUGCUUGGCUUCUCCGAGGAAGACAAGCAAAGGAUUGGUCUUGCACAAAAUAAUACUGGUAAGGGUGUUGUCCGUGGUGUUUUGGGCCUCCCGGGACGCCUAGUUGGAGGAAUUGUUGGUGGAAAUUCUGGCGGAAAAUCUAUUCAAGCAUCUCAGGAUAGCCAGUCAUUUGCAGACCUAUGGGUGGACUUUCUGCUCAAGGAGACCGAAGAAAGGGAGAAACAGGAAAGGGAGAAACGAGAAGCUUCAGAAGCGGCAAGGCUGUCACAGGAAGAGAGCCAAACUGCCACUAGUACCAGCAAUGCAUCGAGUGUCCAAGGAUCACAGCAUCCCCCAAACCUGGCACCUGGCCCUUCCACAAGGCCGCAUCUGUUCGGUCAUCCAGACUCCGAAUUCUCAACAGUUCCACUCGCAUCAUCGACAUACUCAUCUCAACAAUUCUUAAGACCACCUCCAAGAUGAGUGCAAUUAAAUGUACACUGUACAGUACCGGAUACUAUUUCUUCCGGGGGUGGAUCUGCCUCCUAAGGUUGCUAUUCGUUUUAUUCGUUGACAAUAUGAUGAUGAUAGUUGAUUCAAAGUUACCCUCCUUUUUCCUAUCCGUUUUCCCUUCUAAGGAGUGUAAAGAAGUCAAUAUGUAAAUGGAUCUCUGCAGUUCGAGAACAAAUGGAGAUAUACAACUGCUGACUAUACAAUGUAUGGUUCGGCAAUCGGAACUCUGUAAAUGAAACCUGAUGAUGAACAUGUGUUGUACUGCCAUGAAAAUGUGAGAAUUUCUUUAUUUC